CCCGCCGAGUCCCGAGAGCGAGCGAGGAGUGAGCCGGGGCCGGCGCUGCGUUCGCCGGGGCGCGCCUUCCAAGAUGCUGCUCCGCCCGGUCCGCUGAAAGCGAGCGCCCCUUCACGGUCCGAAGGCGGGCGCCCCGCGCCGGCGCCUCCUCCAGCUCACCCCUGAGGCUUCCAGGCGCCCGGGGCUCCCCCCACCGGCUCCCUUCUUCCCUCUCUCGCUCGCGCUCGCUCUCGUAGGGCCUUCCUCGCGGUCCGUGCGCGCAGGCGGUGGCUAGCCGUCUCGGACGCAGCAUGCAGGCGCGCUACUCUGUGUCCGACCCCAACGCCCUGGGAGUGGUGCCCUACUUGAGCGAGCAGAAUUACUACCGCGCGGCGGGCAGCUACGGAGGCAUGACCAGCCCCAUGGGCGUCUACUCGGGCCACCCGGAGCAGUACGGCGCGGGCAUGGGCCGCUCCUACGCGCCGUAUCACCACCACCAGCCCGCGGCGCCCAAGGACCUGGUGAAACCGCCCUACAGCUACAUCGCGCUCAUCACCAUGGCCAUCCAGAACGCGCCCGAGAAGAAGAUCACCCUGAACGGCAUCUACCAGUUCAUCAUGGACCGUUUCCCCUUCUACCGGGAGAACAAGCAGGGCUGGCAGAACAGCAUCCGCCACAAUCUCUCGCUCAACGAGUGCUUCGUCAAGGUGCCCCGCGACGACAAGAAACCUGGCAAGGGCAGCUACUGGACCCUGGACCCGGACUCCUACAACAUGUUCGAGAACGGCAGCUUCCUGCGGCGCCGGCGGCGCUUCAAGAAGAAAGACGUGCCCAAGGAGAAGGAGGAGCGCGCCCACCUUAAGGAGCCGCCCCCGGCGGCGUCGAAGGGCGCUCCGGCCGGCCCCCCUCUAGCGGACACCCCCAAGGAGGCCGAGAAGAAGGUGGUGAUCAAGAGCGAGGCGGCGUCGCCGGCGCUGCCGGUCAUCACCAAGGUGGAGACACUGAGUCCCGAGAGCGCGCUGCAGGGUAGCCCGCGCAGCGCGGCCUCCACGCCCGCCGGCUCCCCUGACGGCUCGCUGCCGGAGCACCACGCGGGCGCUCCCAACGGGCUGCCCGGCUUCAGCGUGGAGAAUAUCAUGACGCUGCGAACGUCGCCGCCGGGCGGCGAGCUGAGCCCCGCGGCCGGGCGCGCGGGCCUGGUGGUGCCGCCGCUGGCGCUGCCCUACGCCGCCGCGCCGCCCGCCGCCUAUGGCCAGCCGUGCGCGCAGGGCCUGGAGGCUGCGGGCGCCGGGGGCUACCAGUGCAGCAUGCGCGCCAUGAGCCUGUACACCGGGGCCGAGCGGCCGGCGCACAUGUGCGUCCCGCCCGCUCUGGACGAGGCCCUCUCGGACCACCCGAGCGGCCCCACAUCUCCCCUGAGCGCCCUCAACCUCGCCGCCGGCCAGGAGGGCGCGCUCGCCGCCGCCGCUGGCCACCACCACCAGCAUCACGGCCACCACCACCCGCAGGCGCCGCCGCCCCCGCCGGCUCCCCAGCCGCAGCCGGCGCCGCAGCCCGGGGCUGCCGCGGCCCAGGCGGCCUCCUGGUAUCUCAACCACAGCGGGGACCUGAACCACCUUUCCGGCCACACGUUCGCGGCCCAGCAGCAGACUUUCCCUAACGUCAGGGAGAUGUUCAACUCCCACCGGCUGGGGAUUGAGAACUCGACCCUCGGGGAACCCCAGGUGAGCAGCAACGCGAGCUGUCAGCUGCCCUACAGAUCCACGCCAUCCCUCUACCGCCACGCGGCUCCGUACUCCUAUGACUGCACGAAAUACUGACCUGCCCUGGCCCUCCUCUGCCCUGGCUCGCUCCGGCUUCGCCUCCCAGACGCGACCCUCUCAGACAGUUCAGGCUGCAGAGACGCAAAAAGAACCAAAACUUGCCCGCCGCUUUUUCCGCAGACCCGGGAGCAGAGAGCGCGCGCGUGCCAGCCUCCGCCCUCUGCGAAGCUGCAGAGCCAUUAAUAUAAUAUUUAAAGUUGAGUUCACUGGAUAAUUUCUCAUCUUGCCCGACCAUUUCUAACUGCCAAAGUGAAAAAUUCAAGAAAUCUAUGUGGGGUUUCCUCCUUCCCCUGUACAAUUAUGAGACAUAAUUCUUUUCCCAGUUGUAGGUCUUUUACAAAACAAGAAAAUAAUUUAUUUUUUUGUUGUUGUUGGCGGAUAAAGAAGUCAAGUAUCUGAUACUUUUUAUUUACAAAGCGUGAUGGUGUUGUAUAGUAGAUUCCU